GCCGCGCCGCGCCGGGGCGGGGGGCGAGGGCGAGGGUCGGCGCGCGGACGGCGGGCGAGGCGGGCCGAGCCCACUUGCACCUGGCGUUCCCCAUCCCUGCCGGCUGGGCCGGGCCAACCCCGGCGGCGCACCGGCCGCUUCUUCCAGGAACUUUGUUCAGGAGGUUGGAAGGGAGGGGCAGCGUCCGGGGGCCCCCGGAGACGCUGGCGAGCGGCGCGGCUCGGGAGGCCGGGCUGGAGAGCAAGUCCCCGAGGAGCAGCCCCGGGGCCGGGCGCGCGGCUGGGAGGCGCCGCCGCCGCCGCCGCCGCCGGGAUGCGCUCUGCCUAGCGGGGCUGCCGGGGGCGCCUGAAGGCCACCGCGCCAAGGACACGCGGCCCGCCGCUCCUCGCGCGCCCGGGCCCGCACGCCGCCGGUGCCGGAGCCGCGGGGAGCGCGGGCGAAGGGCGGCAGGAGGGAGGGCGCGCGGGAGGCGGCCCCUCCUCGGCGAGCCAUGCGUGCCGCGGGCAGCUGAGGAGCCGCCGGGCGCCGCUGCCAAGUCUCCGCUCCGCUUUUGUCUUGCCCUCCAGUGAAUGGGAAGAUGGAGAUGGAUGUGGAGGGAGUUUCUCCGCGCCCGGAGCCCAUCCCCCGCUCCCAGGGGGCUGGCGGAGCCUGCCCGGCGCCGCCACCGCCGCCCCAGCCCCAGCCCCAGCCGCCGCCGCCGCCGCAGCAGCUGGCUCAGGAUGAACUGCCCGGCGAGAGUGCCGGCGCCGAGGACAGCGACGAUCCCGAGGCGAGAGCCAGCGGCGAGCGAGGAGAGGGCAAGAGAACCUCAGCCAACAAGGCCUCAGGUGCUCCUUCGUAUAGCAGAUGGUCCAGUUCACAGCCACAUCAGUCUAGCUCCACAGUGAGAGCCUAUCAGACAAGUAAGUCACGAGUGACCAUGAGCCCUGGCUUCAGCUCUCAGUGGAACAGCAGUCAACCAGCCUGGAAUACAUACUCCUUUCCAAGAGCAAGCUUGCACUACCAGUCCCAUGCCAGCUAUACAUACUGUACUGGACACCCUGCUCAGUCCUAUGCACCAGCUCCCCACCCCAUGGCUCCUCCCAGCCCCAGCACAAACAGUAGCAGCAACAACAGCAGCAACACCAGCAGCGGGGAACAGUUGAGUAAAACCAACCUGUACAUUCGAGGCCUUCCACCAGGCACCACUGACCAGGACCUGAUCAAGCUGUGCCAACCGUAUGGAAAAAUCGUAUCCACAAAGGCAAUUCUUGACAAAAACACCAAUCAGUGCAAAGGUUAUGGUUUUGUAGAUUUUGACAGUCCUGCAGCCGCACAGAAGGCAGUAGCGUCUCUCAAGGCAAAUGGUGUGCAGGCACAGAUGGCCAAGCAACAAGAGCAAGAUCCAACAAACCUAUACAUCUCAAAUCUCCCCAUUUCUAUGGACGAGCAGGAACUGGAGAACAUGCUGAAACCCUUUGGACACGUCAUCUCUACAAGAAUACUAAGGGAUGCCAAUGGAGUCAGCCGAGGUGUUGGUUUUGCCAGAAUGGAGUCUACUGAAAAAUGUGAAGUGGUAAUUCAACAUUUUAAUGGGAAAUACCUGAAAACACCGCCAGGCAUCCCAGCCCCCAGUGAGCCUUUACUGUGCAAAUUCGCAGAUGGAGGACAAAAGAAGCGCCAGAAUCAAGGCAAAUAUACCCAGAAUGGGAGGCCUUGGCCCAGGGAAGGGGAGGCUAGCAUGGCUCUGACUUAUGACCCCACAGCUGCCAUACAGAAUGGAUUUUAUUCUUCACCGUACAGUAUUGCAACCAACCGCAUGAUUCCUCAGACAUCUAUCACGCCAUUCAUUGCUGCUUCCCCUGUCUCCACAUACCAGGUCCAGAGUACUUCAUGGAUGCCUCAUCCGCCAUACGUUAUGCAACCAACAGGUGCUGUGAUUACACCAACAAUGGACCAUCCUAUGUCAAUGCAGCCAGCAAACAUGAUGGGUCCCCUGACACAACAGAUGAAUCACCUGUCUUUGGGCACAACAGGAACGAUUCAAUCCCAAGACAGGAUUAUGAUACUCCACCAGCUGUUGUGUCAGUAUAUGACUGCUGCCGCUCCUAUGCAAGGGACCUACAUUCCCCAGUACACGCCUGUGCCUCCGACAGCUGUUUCUAUCGAAGGUGUUGUUGCUGAUACCUCUCCCCAGACAGUGGCUCCUUCAUCCCAGGACACCAGUGGUCAGCAGCAACAGAUAACAGUGGACACAUCCAAUGAACACGCACCUGCAUACUCUUACCAACAGUCUAACAGGCAUGUUUAUGUGGAAGUCUCAGAAUUCCAGGAACAGCAAGAGAAUAAGCCCAGAUGGACAGGCAUCCUUCAACUGUCUUUGUGAAUCACGUUCUACUGUCUCAUUUGCCAAAACCAUAAACGGAAUUGAAGAAUGUCCGUCAAAACUUUGCCUUGAAUGAAGAAACUUCAUUGAACAAGAAGUUGGCUUCCAGUUUGCACAGGCGUCAAAGAAGGCUUUUUGUGUUUGUUUUUUUUUUUUAAUUUUAUACUUUACUUAAUGAAAACAAAGUUUUUAUGUGCUGUGCAAAUGGUUCCUUCAUGUGGUCUGACAGUUUAUUUUUGCAAUGUUAUUUUUUUUUAAUUAAAAGAAAAAAAUUCCCAGAAGAGGGAAAAAAAAUCAACAAAACAAAACAUUGACGUGUUAUCCAGAAGAAUAUUUGAAUUCAGAAUUUACCUGAAGGUGUAGAUAGAUUUUUUUUAAACAAGAAACCUGAUGUCAAGAGGUAGGCAAACACAAAUGAAAAAAAGUUGUCUCCCUCAGUAAUUAAGCUACUCUGUCUCUCUCUUCUCUUUUCUUGUUUAAACCUGGUGGGUUUUUUUUAUUAUUUUAUUUUUUCUUAGAAAUAUUUAGGUAAGGUUUAUCUUGAAUCUUAAUUGCCUUAAUUUUAAGGACGUCAAAGGCUCUCGAGGCAAGCUGUCAACGUCUUGUUAAAAAAAAUCAAGAAAGAAUUGAAAUAUUGUGCCAGCUUUAACUGGUACGGAAGUUUAAGACUAUGAGUUUUUAGGGUGAAAAAAACUGUACAGUUUAAAAGAAAAUGUUUUUCUUCAUUUGAAGAAAAUUUGUUGAUAAAAGAAACCAUGGCAACUGCAAGAAUUGGGAAAAUGCUGGGACUUUCCAUGAACUUUGUCUUAAGUGUUGACACGAAUCAUUCUAGAAGGCUAAAACAUUUUAUGAUAAAGUUAUUAAUGUUGGUUUAAAAACAACUGCAUUAGAAAUAAUGCGUGUUUGGGGGGCAGAAUGCAGAUUUUUUUUAUUUACGAAGCGUGAUCGCUAGCAAAAGCAUUAGUGCUUUUUAUCUGCAGUCUUUUUUAUGAGCUUUACAAAGUUUUUAGUCAGCUUUGCUUGUCACAUUGCAAAACCUAGCUUAAGAGCAUUAAAAAAAAAAACUUAAGUAGAUAGGAGCUUAUGGUCAAAAAGUGCAAAAAAAAAAAAAAACAAAAAAAGCAAUAGAUAGAGAAAUUGUUGACAAUUUCUGUAGUCUUUCCUAGUUGUGAUCAAAUUCAGCCUAUGGAUGGCCUAUUUUAUACCAAAGAUGGAGUGACACCCUAUUACAGUCCAGAAGAUAGAGGUUGUUUAUCUUUUCUUUCCUUUUUUUAAAAUUUUAUUUGACCUACAUGGCCGGACCAGUUCUUCGUUGUUUGUUUAACUACCUUCCACUGGUGUUUUACAUACUGCAAAAAAAAAAAAAAGCUUUGUUUUCUUUUAAUGUGUGUUCAUUGAUAGUAGAAGCUUGCACCUGCUACAUUCAGCAGUUCCAGCAUGAAGAAUUCUGGAUACAAACGGAUAUCAAGCGGCUUAAAGUUCCAUGAGCUUUUCUGGUUCCUUGCUAGAAACCUGUAUUGGUGGCCACCAAUAAGCCAAGACACUUGAACAGGUUGAAAUUUCUUUAUGUGAAUUUUGAACUAAAGCUAAUUCUUGAUCCUGGUCUUAAAGGUCACUUGUCAGAAAUGCUUUGUGAUGUUCUGUGCAAUGGUGGGUGGUCUCCUGAAAAGAUCUCAUAGCAUUUGGAACAAUUGUCUUCCUCCUAAACUCUAAAUCCCCUUGGUUUUGUCAUGUCCUCCCCUCAGUCUUUGUCAUUAUCCACUAUGCAUAGCCACCUUGAUUCCACAACUGGGGAGGGCUACCUUCCUUUUGCCUCUAUUCAUGGUGUGUUCGCAUCUUGAUGUUACCAGGAGAAAAAGACAAAAUAGAACUUUUUUUCUUUUAGUUUAACUCUCUGAGGCAAGUAGGACUAAUCAAAUUGAGGAUUGUAUGAGUAGAAGUUAGGAAAGUUCUUAAAAUGCUAGUUGACAAUCAAGCAGUUGUAUGAUUCAUAUCAGAGAACCAAAAGAAUUAGGUUUGAUCAAUCCUUAAAGCCAAAGGAGGUAUGUUUGCAUUUAGAAUGAUACAGAACUUUAUCUAAAAAUGAUUUGACUUACUUAGAAAACAUCUCUACAUUUUUGAUUCCUUAAUGUGUACAGUUUUACCUAAAAUUAUGGACAAUGGAACACAACUUUGCUAAUUGAAUGACUCACUAGAAUGGCACUGUGAAUGAGUCAUUUGAAUCCAAUAGGUGAAACUCUUCUACAAACUAGAUAACUCACAGAAAUGUUCCUUAGCCCAUAAGGAAGAGAGAAAUGCAUUUACAGCAAUGUAAAACCGGGUAAAUGUUUAAAAAUUAAACAAUUUAAAAGGUAAACCGUAUCCCCAUUAGGCAUAGAAGUUGAUUCAUGUGAAAUUGCCAGUAUUCUACUAUUGAAAUAGACUCUGGCUCUCUUAUUUGCAACCCCAUGAAUUGUAAGCUCCAAUCUAGAGAGUGACUCCAUGUCUUGGCAAUCAAUGAAGCAAAAGUGUAACAAAGAAAAUGUGAUACAUGCUACAGAGAAAUUUACAUGGCCACACCCAUCCUGUUGGUUUUCUGUGCUGUAGAGAGAAUCCUAGAUUUAUGCUUUUCUUCUGUUUCAUCUUCCAGCUGCCCUUGUAAUGUAAGUGUGGCAUUGAUGUUUUAUCUUUGAAAAGGGGGGGCUCAAGUUACACAGGGUAUAAGAAUACAUGUAUGAGAACCAUAUUUUGUUUCUUUUUUUCACUUUCUAAACUCUUUGUAUAAAUAAUUAUCCUGGGCAUAUUUCAUUUGAAUAUGAAAGCAAUGUGCUUUCUUUUGUUUCUGUAAAAACAGAAAACAAAAUCCUAAAAACCUACAUAUAUAUUAGUGUGAUACAAAGAAAGCCUCAUUUACACAAUCCACAAUGAGGCUAAGAGGUAGCUACCAUGUGGCUGAUGAAUGUGCCUAGGUAACUUCCUGUUUCUAUUCAAAGCAGAUGAUUUAUUUAUACAUUCAGAAACAUUUUUUUCAACUAUGAAAUUUCAAUAAUCUCAAUUUUUUUAAGUCAUUUAAGGUAGAAGGAAAUGACUCUACCUGUCACUGUAUGUGUCUAUGUGUGUUUUGUGUUUGGGUAGUUUAUAUCACGCCAUUUUAUAAAAUAUGUUAUUUCAAAUGAAAAAGAAAAAAGGCGGGGAGGAAAUUUGCACAUAAUCCCAUUUGCCCCCUUUAUCUAUCAUGUUACCUAAGAAAUGUUUUCAAGUGUCAAGUUUGGGGGACAAUGCAAGAAUCAACAGGUGAGCAGCAUCAGAUUGUAUGAAAAAUGAAAGCAACAAAUGACUGUUCAACACAGCGAUGUCAGAAUACUAAUUUGACCAAUAUGUUUUGAUGAUAUUAUCCUAUUGAGAGCUAUAGUCAUCUUCUAAGCUCAAGUUAAUUUUCCAUUUAUUCUGAUAUAUGCAGUUUUCAAGCAUUUAUUUGGAUAUAUGAUUUUCUUCUUUUGACUUUAAUUUAGCCUAAAUAUCAGGAAACAAACUAAAGCCACAAUCCAACUGAGAUCAACACCAUCUCUUCCAAACCCUAGUUACCUGGUCAUUGGAAGAGUAGAUUUUCAGUUAAUAAUGAUAAGCUAUUAUUGAGAGAAGGUCCCCCAAUUAUAACAUGUCUUUCAAAGGCCAUAUAAAGCAUCCUCAGUGAACUAAAAGCAACAGUAGCAGGUGCUGGUUAUGAUUUGUCCUACAGGUCUUGAAUAUUGCAGGUGACCGGAUAUUCUAAAAAAACAAUGAAAAAUUCUCUACCUGACUCCAGUUUGGCCAGGAUUAGUUUGUUUCCUUGGUAUGUUUCAACAGUUCAGAAUAUUGUCUCCAUAUUUCCCUGAAUUAAUCAUUCUUGGGACAUGAGCAGACCUGCCAUAUUUGCAGCAUACGUCACUUCCAUCCCUGUCUAGCGAAAAACUAUGUUGUGUAAGAGUGCUCCCCUAGGGAAGGAAGACUGGGUGCUCAAGGGUGGAUGGAGCAGGCAUUAUUUCACUACGAUUUCAAAGCGUGUCAUUGACCGCAUUGCAGAAUGGCUUUGAAUUGACUUUUACUUCAUUUAUGACCAGAGGUUCUCCAAAAAUAUUUUAUUUGGGUAGUGGAAUGUCUAUUACCUACCUGCGUAUCUUUCAUAGUGGCCUGCAAUCCCCAUUAAGGAAAAGUGAAAUUUGAUUUAAAUAGGACCCUUGCAGGCUUCCUCAUACUGGAAAAGUCUCAAUGGACUGUCUAGACAGAUUAUGCUGUUAAUAAGAGACUAAAAAUACAUUUGACAAUCCAGUCUCACUCUUAAGUUGAAAACAUGAACCACACUACAGAUAAGCAGAGAAAAAUUCUGAAGUGGUUUUCAGUUAUAAAUGUUUUUAUAUGAAUUCAAAUCAAGUGAAGAAACAAUAUUUAUGUACAUGUAUAACAACACCCAGCACAUUCAAGGAGUCUUACAUUGUAAUAAAGUUUAAACAUGGUAUAGAAGCCCAAGCUUUAUUAUUUUGUCCACAGUAGGCAGUGAAGAAUGAGAUUUUGUUUUCCAUGUUAUUGCGGCGGGCAUGCUUCAAAAUUUUGAGCUCCUGGAACUGACAACCUCUCACUUCCGUCGGAGGGACUGAUGGAAUUUACACGAGCUCAUUGAUUCUGUGCGCUGUACCUUUCCUGUGACAGAGUGGUAAUGGGAUUUCAUCAAUGAAUCAAUUCAUUUUACAAAUGACAUCCAGUUUGGUAUUUGGAGACAGUUGAGUCUGAUGCAAGUUUAACAUUUCUUACCAAAUAGUCUUAAAUAUGAAAUCGGUCCCUUCAUCUAAAUGCUCUUGGUCAUGGCUGUCCUUUGUGGAUUCUGUAGAGUUCAGGAAAGUAGAAAGGCUCAAAGCUAAACCUCCAAGUGGCUCAAGCAUUUUAUCAUGUGUGCUUACCCCAGGUCAAUGAUUUCUCUUAGACUUGCUUUCAUACCCCAACACACAGAUGCUCAGUGUCUCACAAAUGUAGAUGGCUGGCUUACCGAUACUCAUUUUUGUUUGCUCUUGAGAUGGAAAAUACUGUAUCAAGAAAAGUUUCUUCUAGUCCGGAAGGUUUGAAUUUGAAGCCAAGGUGGGAUAAAGUUUGGAGUCUGAGUGAAAUAUCACUAAGCCACUGAUUCACCUUUGAGCUUUUCUUAAUAUUCUGAGUUGUGUAAAAAUACAACCACUCUCAUUUUUUGAAGGGCUACUUGCUUGAUGGGUGUGUUUUGUCUUCUCUUUUCAAUCAUUAGGCCUUGGGCUGUUUUCUUUUUAUUAGCAUUUCACCCUGAAGGUAGAAAAAGAAACAAUUGGAAAUAUAAAUUGAAAUCAGUCUAUUUUGUUUCUUGUUUAACAUUGAUUUUUUUUUUUUUUUAGGGAGCUUGCAAUCACUGUUAAAUUAUAUGUCUGCACAUCACAUUCUGUGGAUUUUGGUGGGCUAUAAUGUCCAUUUCCCAUCAACCACAAAUAAUUGAGAGUUGGCUAUAUUGUUGCAGAAUAUAAAAGACAAAACAAAAAAACAAUUGGCUUUAUUUUGGUUUCAUUCACUCUACUGAAUGUAGGGAAGCUGAGCCCAGUUUCUGUUAUGAGAAUGUAAUAGCAACUCUUGGUUAGAUGUACACUCUUACCCCUCUCUUAAAGGUUUGACAAGAAAAAAGACAUUGUUUCUGUUAUGUUUUGACUUUGCAUUACUGUAUGAAGGCUGACCAACUUUGACCCUCCAGUGGAAAUGUUGAUGAUAACAUCAAAUUUAAUAACCGUCCAAAGUGUAACUUCAGGGUAAUAUUUUGUAUUUUAAACCCUCUGUUCUCUGAGUAUUAAGAAAGAGGCUCUGUCCUCUUUCCCCAAGAUGUGAAAAGGAGUUAGUUCUUGCUUUUCAGGAGCUACAAACAUUGCUUCAAAGAGACAUUCGAAAAUGUAUCCUCCAUUAUGGAGUCAAAUUCUUGCAUUUAUUUUUCAAAAAGAAGAAUGUAAUUGGAAUCUUACCUUCAAAAGAAUAUAUGGAAAGCAUUUGCAAUGAAAUACUCCGUUUCUUUAAAAGAAAAAAAGAAAAGGGACACAGCUUCUUUUAAAACUCUAGUUUCUGGCCAUAUUCAACUUCAUGGGACUUCUGAAACAUCAUUCUAUUUUAAAUUUUAUUUAAAAGCAUUUUUGUACUGCUGUCUCUGACUGUCAUGGAAUGUUCUGUAAUUCUAUGGUGUUUCUGGUUUCAUUUAAAAAUUUUUUUCAUCUGUAUCACAGUCAAAUUAGAUACCAUUUCCCCAAUUCCUUGGGCUUUCUGUAGAUCAGUGGAUGUUAGGUUUAAAUUUCUGUUUUCUUUGAUGAAGCUUUCAAUAAAAAAUGGAAAUAAAAUCAAUAAA